UGGAAGUCGAGAGCUGCAGCCCUUCGAACACGGCCUCCAUCAAGAAGCUGGAACAGCAGGACUAUCCAAACAUGUCAUACUCAGUGCACAUGAACUUGUAAUUACUGUCUAAGAAUCCCACAUCAAGAAUCAGACGUGAUUCUUGGGAGAUACAGACAGCCCGCAACUUGAAACAACUAAGCACAAAAAUUUGAGCUUCUUUCCUACAAAUAAAUACCUCAGAAUUCCGAAAACAUUUCGUCCGUUCCAUUGACUGAAUUAAUAUAAGCUAGCAUGGCAAGUUUCCAUAACAAGUUAUUCUUUUCAAGUCUCUUAAUUUUCUGCAACUUAGUACUCGAGGUGUACUCGCGUGGCCCUGUGUAUAGGCCUCCCGAUGUCGAACUGUUAACAGAUCGUUUCAGUCAAGUAUCGGUUGCUCAAAGCUACAACGUGUCGUUUGGAGGCUCUAACAUUGGUGUCACAAAUAAUGGGACCAGCGCUGAUCUAAGUUUAGACAAAUCCUCAGGAUCAGGGUUGGUGUCCAAGAGCAAAUACUUCUAUGGAUUUUUCAAUGCUGCCUUAAAGCUGCCUGCUGGUUUUACAUCAGGAGUUGUUGUUGCGUACUAUUUGUCCAAUGCCGAUGUUUUCCCUCACAACCAUGAUGAGAUAGAUAUCGAACUGCUUGGGCACGAGAAGAGACGGGAUUGGGUCCUGCAGACUAACAUAUAUGGCAAUGGAAGUGUAAGAACUGGAAGGGAAGAGAAGUUCUACCUCUGGUUUGAUCCCACCGAAGGUUUCCACAACUACAGCAUCCUAUGGAACAAUCAUCACAUUGUGUUUUUGGUGGACAACGUACCAGUAAGAGAAUUUGUUCAUGGUAACGCCAUCGGCUCAGUUUAUCCAUCAAAGCCAAUGUCAGUUUACACGACAAUCUGGGACGGAUCAGAAUGGGCGACUCAUGGAGGAAAAUACCCAGUUAAUUACAAAUUUGCGCCUUUUGUGGUAUCAAUGAGAGGAAUUGAGAUGGAGGGCUGCGUUUUGAAUCAGAGGGCUUCAUGCUCAAGGAGCUCCCUUUCGAGCUUGGACCCUGUCGACGGUGAACAGUUUGCCAAGCUAUCAAGCCAACAGAUGACGGGGUUGGAUUGGGCUAGGAGAAAACACAUGUUUUACUCAUAUUGCCAAGACAAGAACAGAUAUAAAGUUCUUCCUCCAGAAUGCAAUGCCAAACAGUAGAUUUAUAUUCUUUAUUCUUUGCUAAAAGUUUGUACGAUUUUUCUGCAACAUAAAAAAAUAAAAGUUUGUAUGAUCAAGAUCUCCAUAUGAAGGAAAGAUUAGAGUUGAAAGUUUAUAUCAAUCAUGUAGAAAUUACCGCGUUAACAUAAGAACUCAAGUUCA